AUGAAAGGGUUUGAGAAGAGCAUGUUAGAGACGCUUCCGCUGGAAGUUCUGGAUCUUAUCCUGGAUCGGCUUGGGCUGGACGAGUAUGGUGACAGUCUAGCUAUUUUGGACUGUUUCAGUAUAAUGGAUGCAGUUCCCAGGGAUACGACACUGUACUCACAGAUCAGGUCCAGGUUUCACCUGCUGUCGUAUGUGGACGACCCCAGCACACGUAUACUAAACUUGUUGAGUGGGUACCAAGACAACGAGAAAGAACUGAACCACGAGAAUCUGAUUGUGGCUGUUGACCUUGACAACUGGGAUAUUGAAACGGUGAAAAUAGAUCUUGAGGAGCUGCUGCAUCGUUGCUCGGAGGAGCACAGUAUGGCAUUACAUCUCUUAUUUCCACUAGCCUCCACAGAUAAGGCUUACGAUGUCGCAAAAUUCUAUUCAGUUAUCAAAUCUGUGCUAUCUGAGAUUGCUUCGUCGAAACUAUUCAACUUCGAGUCAAUUAUCUUUGACAGCAUAUCUAACAAACUGGUCUGUGAUAAGAACAUGUUCGGUAUCUUAAGUUAUGAGUUUCUAGAGACUAUAGAGUCAGCACAUUCAGACACAUUCGAUAUUUCGAAAGUUAUGCUACCACUAGUCACUACUUUACAAGUUAACUAUAUGACUUUGGAUACUUUUUUCUAUAACAUCCUAACAAAAUAUAAAGGUUAUCAAAGGAGUAAAUCCAAACUGGUGAAAAACUUUCUGGCCAAUUUCAAAUUCUAUAUGCCAAAUGUGGUAAAUCUACAAUUCUUUAAGACAAAUGGAUGUGAACAAAUUGAAACAUGCAAUUUCAUAGAUGUAUCAUCUUUGAUCUUGAAGAAAUGCAAAGAAAAUAAGAUAAACGUUGUACAAAUGUUCAAGAUCCAUUCAUUGGCGAAUUGGAAGUUGCCAAAUAUAAGGAAAUUUACAGGUCAUAGAUUCAAAUUUGAUGAAAUUGCAACUGCUGGUUCGCCAGAAAGACUUGUGGUUUCAUUAAGAGAAAAUUUAAAGUUAUUGCAUGAUUGUGCGAUGAGUGACACACAGGAUGGUGUAUCUUAUUUCAGGGUUAAUCUAAUCCCAGAAGGAGUUAAAAAAACCAAGAUUAUUAACUGGGUUCCAACCGAGAUCAGUUCAAAUGUUUUUUCUAAGGUCGAGCAAUACACCACACCAAUCAUGUGUGUAAGGUGUGAAUCACUGGAAGAAUUGGAGCUGAAAUUACUCAGAUUUGAAAAAUCAUCAACGAUAGAAAUUCAAGGGCUUUAUUUUCCCAAUUUGAAGAAGCUAGUGCUUUCAAAUAAACCAAGGAUUACAUCAAGACCUGUUAUAUCACAUCGUAAUGAUUCAUUUAGCCUGGAAAGUGAAAGGAAACCUGCACAUGGUUAUACUGCAAAUCUUGAAGUUACAAGAAGAAGAAUGUUAACUACUAGCAAUAGGUAUAACAAAGCACAUAAUACAGCCUAUAGUAAUGUGACAUUUGCCGAAAAUCCUUCCCAGAUAACAGAUAUGAAUCCGAUUGCAUUUACUUCAUGGAAUGAGCUGCCUAGUUGUGAGUUUUUAGGUUUUGUUUCCGAAGAUUCUACCAACUAUAUCUUUAACAUUCAGAAUUUAAAGGAAGUUCUACCAAAUUUAAAUUUAAAGAAUAGUUUCCCAACAUUUGUGGAUGAAAAGCAGAAAUUUAUUGUUGUUUAG